UCCGUAGUGACCGGAAAACAAGUGCUGAGCGUGUUGUUGAAGCAAAACAUACUCAUCAUGUAUGUUUCAGUUCAUUAAAUAAUCAACAACGACAGGAACAUCGCAUAGAGGACAAACAAACGACCAAAAUGGAGACUGAGGAGAGCUCUGAAACCCAGGAAAUAAAUUUCCAGGAGGUUUUAAUGGAGUUGGAGGGAGGCAGCAACCCAGAAAAGUUCCGCGUGGAAUACGAGAAGCUGGUCAAAGCCUUGCAGAAGUCCCAUGAGAACGAAAAGAGGCUGAUGGCUAAAUGCCGGGAGCUGAACGCCGAGACUGUGUCCAGCAACGUCAAAUUAUCCACUGCCAUGAAACUGGUGGACGAAGAUCAAUCCACAAUCACCACUCUUAAAAUGGAAAUUGAUAAGGCCUGGAAAAUGGUUGAAGCUGCGCAUGAAAAAGAAGUUCAGGCAAAAGAAACAAUCCAAAAGCUUAAAGAGGACAUCACAAAUCUCAAUAAGCUUCUGGAGAAAGGCGCUGGAGUCUCUGAGGACCAAGAGCACAGCAUAAGCAAUCAAUUGAAGAUCAAAGAGGACCUGACCAAGCAGAGAGACGAGCUGCAGUCAGAAGUGGUCACGCUCCGGCAGCACCUUGAUAAAGCCACCAGUGCUCAGCAGGAGAUAGAGACAGAGAAGAACAAAGCAAUGGACAUGAUAGCUCAGCUCCAGCAGGACAUCCAGGUGCGUCAGAAUGAAGUUCAUCGGGAGACCAGGAAUAGGGAGAAGAAGGAGAAAGAAGUGAAGAAGCUUCAAUCAGAUCUGGAGUCCAAACACUCCGAAAUAAAAACGCUGAAUCAGCAGUGCCAGCGUUUGCAAGACGAUCAGCAGAAACUGGAACAACAGCUACAGGAACAUAAAAUCAUAAAUGAGAAAGUCAGUAAAGAAUUGGAACAGUUCCAACAUCGCAAUGCCAAACUCCAGCAGGAUAAUGAACAAAACUCUGUCAGCCUUGAACAGCUCUCACUGCAGAACCAACAGAAAGCAGCAGACCUAAAGGUGAAAGAGGAGGAAGUCAUUCAACUGAAGCAAGAGAUCGCUCGCCUCACCAAGUUCAGAGAGGGGGUGCAGAGGAGACUCAGACAGAUGGAGGAACAGAAGACGGAGGUGGAGAAACAGAGAGACACACUCAAGAAUCAGAUCAGUGGACUGGAGAGAGCAAUGGAGGCUGCAAAAACCCAGACAGACACAGACAAGAAGGCUAUAGAUGAGCUGGUGCGGGAGAGAGACAUUCUGAACAAGAACAUGAUCAAGGCAGCGGGCGAAACCGAGAAACAGCACACCAUCGUCAAGAUACACGAACAGUCGAAGAAGACCCUCGAACAGGAGAUUUUAAACUACAGGGACGAAGCCCAGAAACAGCGCAAGAUCAUCUUUCAGCUGGAGAAAGAAAGAGAUCGUUACAUAAAUGAGGCCAGCGAUCUCACCAAAAAGGUUCUGCAGAAUAUUGAAGACAUUAAAGUGAAGGAGAUGCAGAUAUUCGAGUAUAAGAAGAGAAUAGCAGAAGCCGAAACCAAACUGAAGCAGCAACAGAAUCUCUAUGAGGAUGUUAGGACAGAGAGGAACCUCUUCAGCAAGAACCUCAUUGAGUGCAAGGAUCAAAAUGCCGAGAUGAAGCGCAAGGUGAAGAUUGUGAACCACAUGUUCGACCAGCUAAAAGAAGAAAUCAACACCAAAGAGACAGCGCUGGAGAAAGAGAGACAGGAGUUCCAGCGCGUGGAGAGAGAGAGGGAAGCUCUUAAGGCUGAGCUACAGAAGAUGAGGCAACAGGCACAGGAGACAAAACAGUUCAUUGAGAAACAGGAGGCAGAGGAACACAAGCUGCUGAAGAUCAUAGCGGAUGCUGAUGCUGAGAAGCUCCAUCAGAAGAAAGAGCUCGAUCAGGUGAUAAGUGAGCGGGACCUUCUGGGGAAGCAGCUGGUGGGGAGGAACAAAGCUCUGGAGCUAUUAUAUGAGAAGAUCAAAAUCCAAGAUUCGAUCCUGAGCAUGGGUGAGAAGCAGUACAAGGAAAGAGUGGAGGACAUUAGACUCUUGAAGCUGGAGAUCAAGAGGCAAAGACGUGAAAGAAACAUGCUCACCAAGACCGUCUCUAAUGUUGAGGAGCUCAGACAGGAAGUGUUUCACAUGCAGAGGGAGCUGCUAAAAGAGAGAACCAGGUGUCGAGCUCUGGAGGAGGAACUCAGUAAUCCAUUGAAUGUUCACCGCUGGAGAAAACUUGAGGCAAGUGAUCCAAGCACCUUCGAGUUGAUUCAGAAGAUUCACUCUCUGCAGCGGCGACUGAUAUCUAAGACUCAAGAAGUUGUGGAGAAAGAGCUUCUGCUACAGGAAAAGGAGAAACUCUACAUUGAGCUAAAACACAUCCUGGCACGACAGCCCGGUCCAGAAGCCGCUGAGAAACUGCAGGUCUAUCAGCGAACACUCCGCGAGAAGACCAAACAGCUGAAGGCCCUAACAGCUGAACUCAACAUGCACGAAUCCCUGUCAGAAGACUACAAGUAUGAGAUCGAACGCCUGGCUCACGAACUUCAGGAGGUUAAGAAGAAAUACCUUGCGCAGAAGAAGAAAGACCAGGAGAUCAGGGAGAAGGAGCGAAAUCUCGCCGGGGCGGGGCAGCCUUUGAUUCAGCCUCAGCGUCCAGACGGACCCAGAUUCACUGGAGGAGGCUUCAGUCUAAAGCAGCACAACAGGAUGACACUUCAAGUCCUCGAGCAGCAGUCCUAAUGCCCACCAGAACCCCCGGAGACUUAACCAUCAUUCACUCUUAUCAAAUGUAUUUAUUCAGCACUGUUGGUUUCAGUCCACAGCUUUGAGGAAUACACUGUGCUUUUCUCCCCUUCUGGAAUAAAGUCAAAUCUAUUAUUUUCA